GCUCUCAAUUUGAGAUUCAACUGAGAUGGUCGGUUGUUCUUGCAGAGUAAUAACUUGUAAAAGCCGCUUUAUACCACAGUAAGCGUAUUUAUUAUCAGUCUGAGGAGUAAACAGCCGCUUUGUGAGGAAACUACCUGCUUCGCUGCCAACAUGCACGUCAUUAAACGAGAUGGACGCCAGGAGGGAGUUACUUUUGAUAAAAUCACAUCCCGCAUCCAGAAGCUCUGCUAUGGGCUCAAUGCUGACUUUGUGGACCCUACCCAGAUCACGAUGAAGGUGAUCCAGGGCCUGUACAGUGGAGUCACCACCGUGGAACUGGACACUCUGGCAGCGGAGACUGCUGCCACGCUCACCACUAAACAUCCUGACUACGCAAUCCUGGCUGCGCGGGUGGCUGUGUCUAACCUGCACAAAGAGACCAAGAAAGUGUUCAGUGAUGUGAUGGAAGACCUGUACAACUAUGUCAACCCUUUGAAUAGUAAACACUCUCCUAUGAUCUCCAAGGAGACGCUGGACAUUGUCCUUGAAAACAAGGCUCGCCUCAACUCAGCCAUCAUUUACGACAGAGACUUCUCUUACAACUUCUUUGGCUUUAAGACUCUGGAGCGGUCGUAUUUGUUGAAGAUUAAUGGCAAAGUUGCUGAGAGGCCUCAGCACAUGCUGAUGAGAGUGGCAGUUGGAAUUCAUAAAGGAGACAUUGAUUCAGCCAUUGACACCUACAACUUGCUGUCAGAGAAGUGGUUCACUCAUGCCUCUCCUACUCUCUUCAACGCUGGCACCAACAGGCCUCAGCUGUCCAGUUGUUUCUUGUUGGCCAUGCAGGACGACAGCAUCGAUGGUAUUUACGACACACUGAAGCAGUGUGCCCUCAUCUCCAAAUCAGCUGGAGGUAUUGGACUGGCAGUUAGCUGCAUCAGGGCAACAGGCAGCUAUAUCGCUGGGACUAAUGGCACUUCCAAUGGGUUGGUUCCUAUGCUCCGAGUGUACAACAACACAGCACGUUAUGUUGACCAGGGUGGCAACAAGAGACCUGGGGCCUUCGCUGUGUACCUGGAGCCAUGGCAUUUUGAUGUGUUUGACUUUUUGGAGUUGAAGAAGAACACCGGUAAAGAAGAGCAGAGAGCCAGAGACCUGUUCUUUGCCCUGUGGAUCCCAGAUCUCUUUAUGAAACGCGUUGAAAGCAAUCAGGAUUGGUCUCUGAUGUGUCCUGGUGAAUGUCCCGGGUUAGAGGAGUGCUGGGGAGAGGAGUUCGAGGAGCUCUACACUCGAUAUGAGAGGGAGGGCAGGGCAAGACGUGUGGUGAAGGCUCAGCAGCUGUGGUACGCCGUCAUCGAGUCACAGACAGAAACCGGGACACCAUACAUGCUCUAUAAGGACGCCUGCAACAGGAAGAGCAACCAGCAAAAUCUGGGCACCAUCAAAUCCAGCAAUCUGUGCACAGAGAUCGUAGAGUACACCAGCAAAGAUGAGGUUGCAGUGUGUAACCUGGCAUCCAUUGCCCUCAACAUGUACGUGACACCAGAAAAGACCUUUGACUUCAAGAAACUUGCAUCUGUCACCAAAGUCAUUGUUAAGAACCUGAACAAGAUUAUUGACAUAAACUACUACCCAGUGCCCGAGGCUGAAAGGUCUAACAGGCGUCACAGGCCAAUUGGAAUCGGUGUGCAGGGUCUGGCUGAUGCCUUUAUCCUUAUGCGCCAUCCAUUCGAAAGCCCAGAGGCCCAGUUACUCAACAUUCAGAUCUUUGAGACCAUCUACUACGCUGCCCUGGAGGCCAGCUGUGAGCUGGCAGCUGAGCACGGCCCUUAUGAAACCUACGCUGGCUCUCCUGUCAGCAAGGGAACCCUUCAGUAUGACAUGUGGGGGAAAACCCCGACAGAUUUGUGGGACUGGAACGCACUGAAGGAGAAAAUCGCCAAGCACGGUGUGAGGAACAGCCUGCUUUUGGCUCCGAUGCCCACAGCUUCCACUGCUCAGAUCCUGGGCAACAAUGAGUCCAUUGAGGCUUACACCAGCAACAUCUACACGCGCAGGGUGCUCUCAGGAGAAUUCCAGAUUGUGAAUCCUCACCUGCUGAAGGACCUCACAGAAAGAGGACUGUGGAGCGAGGAAAUGAAGAACCAGCUGAUUGCUCAGAACGGCUCCAUCCAGGAAAUCAAAGAGAUCCCUGAUGAUCUGAAGCAGCUCUAUAAAACAGUGUGGGAAAUCUCCCAGAAGACGGUUCUCAAGAUGGCAGCAGAUCGCGGUGCCUACAUUGACCAGAGCCAGUCCCUUAAUAUCCAUAUAGCUGAGCCAAACUACGGCAAACUGACCAGCAUGCACUUCUAUGGUUGGAAGUUGGGCCUGAAAACUGGCAUGUACUACCUGCGAACGAAGCCCGCUGCCAACCCCAUUCAGUUCACCCUGAACAAGGAGAAAUUAAAGGAGGCCCAGUCAGCCAAGAGCACGGAGGAGGAGACCAAAGAGCGCAACACUGCAGCCAUGGUCUGCUCCCUAGCAAACAAAGAUGAAUGCCUGAUGUGUGGCUCGUGAGUGAAGCGCCAUGAGACACUCCGACAAUCGUCCUGAACCACCAGCUUUUGCUGGUAUGUAUUUUUCACGCUUUUUAUUUUGUAUAUGAUGUUGUAACGGGUGCUUUACUUAUGCCGCUGUUUUUAAGUCACAAAUCUUUGCAGUUCUUAUUUAAUAUUUACUGGUUUUUCAUCAUGAAGUGUAUGUUGGUAUUGCAGGUCUUGUAUAGAAUUAAAGGGCUCAAUGAAUUAUUAAUAUUUGCUCUUAGUUUUACCAAUUUUAACAUGUGUCACAUUGAUGACUUUCAUUUUGGUCUGUAUUUUAAAUGUAUGGAAAAUAAACUUGUUAUGCAAUGGUUUUA